AUGAUCACUUCGGAGAGGCUCCCAACUUCGGAGCUUUGCGAAGUGCAGCAGGAACGGGACCAAGCCUGGAAGAGGGCACAAUCCCUGGAGCGCACCUUGGAAAUAGAGAGGCACACGUCCCGGGCCGUGGCCACAGAAGCCGUUGAGGCUCAGGAGACGUGGGAAAGCAGAGUGGCCGAGUUGAUGAGCGAACUUGCGACCUCUGAAUCUCGAUUACAGCAAUACCACUUGUUGGAGCAAGACCACAGGAAUUUUGCGAGCAAGCACCGCCUCAUGCAGGAUCUUUACGAGAAGAUGCUGCCGACCGUUUGUAAGACGCAGGGCGUGCCGCCGUGCGAUCAUGCGAAGGAGAACGUGGCUCUGUUGGAACGGCUGUUGGAGGUCACCGAGGAGCUGCAGAGCGCAAACGAGGCGAAGAAAACCUUGGCGAAGGAGCAGGUUGGGCCAGAGACAGAGGCCAUGUCGCAAGCACUUUGCCAAGAGUUGGCCGAUUCGCGGACACGGGCGUCCGUCUGGAAGCAGGAGCAUCUCCAAGCAGAGGCGACUGUGCACGGCUUGCGGAAGGAGCUACAUGCCACGCAGGUGCGGUGCAAACAGCUGGAGUCGCAACACGCGGUGCUCCUGCAUCGAUUGCACGAGGACACUUCGGCAAGGACGGCUCGGGUUCUUCAGGAGGUCCAGUGGCAGCUCUCGGAGGCCAAGGAGCAGCUUGCCGAGAGCCGCUCCGCGAGCUUGGCGAUCCAGUCGGAGCGCUCGAAGCUCCGUUUGGGCUUGGGCUCGGGCCAAGGGCCGAGCGACGCUGAGUUGCAACUGCAGAUGCGCCUCGAGCUGCAGCAGAGGCUUUCCCAGCAACUGCGGGCCGAGCUCGAAGCAGAAAGAGCGGGAAAUCGGAUGCACGCAUCGGAGAAAGGCCCCGGCCACGCGAAGCGGGAAGAGGCGCCGACGCUGGAUCUCGCCGCUCUGGGCCCAGGCGCGAAAAUCAAAGAAGCCCUGAGCGGCUCGGGCCCGGCUGGUGACUUCCGCGGAGACACGCAAGUUCACAGCGAAGACUGCCGGUCUCGAAUGCACGUGGAGCAGAAUGUGGUGACAGUCCCAUUGCUUCCUCCUCCGAAGGUCGUAAGCGUUGCUGGUGAUGACGAGUCAAGCUCCAUUCUGUCACCACGGUCAACUGAUCCAACUGCAACUGUCACCGCGAGAGGGGCUAACACCAAGCAGGCGCUUGAAGCUUUUCCGGACCAGAGAAAGAGCCGAGUGCUGUAUUUGGACGCAAGCCUGGACGUUCCCGGUGAGCAACAGCAGAACGAACGCCUCGGACUGUUGCACGAACAAUCUCAUGGUCAGGGCUGUGUUAGCAGCCUUAGCCACUUUCCGGUUCGCGAAGAGGUCUUCAAUGUCCAUACAGUCUCCGCGAUAGCCAUGGAUCUCGCCCGCGCGGCGUUGCCGUCCUUCGUCAGCGGCGCGGGCCACAAGUCGGAGCAGCCUCGGCAGGCCCAUUGGCUUCGAGCCCCCCCGGUCGGAGGAAAUGUUGGGGGCGAUCCGCUGGCAUCCUCGCAUGUGGAAGCCUCGCUUUCAGCGGAUGGCGGUCUCGUGGAUGGCAUGGCAGCCAAGCUCCACAUGCAGGACUUGAUGAAUCAAAACGCACAGCGUGCCCUGCUCACGCAGUCCAAGCAAGUUCAACGGAGGAUCUCCCAGUUCCGUGUCGCAAUGCGAGAGAUCACAGGAACGGCCUUCUUUGACGUCAUGAUCGCUCUGCUCGUCAUUGCUGAUGCAGUCUGCCUCGUUCUGCAGCUCGAGUGGCAGUCAGAGGACGGGAGCCUUGAUGAUGCUGAUCUCUUGCUGCGCGGCGCAUCAGCAGCCAUCAUCACAACCUUCGGAGUAGAAUUCCUCGCACGCUUCGUUGCUCAAUUUGGUCGUGGCUUCUCAUGGAUCCUCGUGAUGGACGGCAUCAUUGUGGUCGGAUCUUUCGUUGAGGUGUUUUGGUCAGCGCUGCAGCCUUCUUCGUCUCCAGCUUUGGUUUGGAUUCGCCCUCUGCGUGGACUGCGCCUCUUCCGAGCGGCUCGUGUUUGCGUAAAGCUGCUCCGGCGCUCUUCGUCGGCCGAGCUCGCGCUCAUGGGCCUCGCCAGGUCUGCUAAGCCAAUGCUGCUAAGUUUGGCACUGGUGGGCAUCUUUUUCUUCCUGUCCUCCGUAGUCAUGACUCUUCAGGUCCCCGGUGUCUUGGAGGAACUCGAAUCGGAGGAUGUCAAGCGAGAAGUGCUCGACACGUUUGGGACCGUGUUCGAUGCUACGGCUGCCCUGUUGAGAGCAGUUGCUGGGUCCAACGAGCUUGGCCUGCUCUGCUUGAGAGUCUUCAAAGAGUCGGGACAUGACAGGCUACAGAUUGCCCUUUUCCUCGGCACGGUCUUAGCCUUUGUCCUCCUUAUGGGCCUCUGCCUUUCAGGUGUGAUAUGUGGAGUCCUCGCGACCCAGCUGAUCAUCCUCAAAGGUGACGCAGAAGUCGAUGGCACCCACGUGAACUUUCGCAAGAACCAGUUGAUCGUUGGGAGUCUGGACAAGGCUUUCCGAGCCGCAGGUCAUGCUCCUGCUGACAACAUAGACUGGAACGACAUCCUGAGUGCAUUGGCCGUGCCGCUGGACAAGGCGACCAGUGUGGAGGCUGAGAGCGAGAAGGUCGCGAAGGAACUGCAGGGAUUGCUGGUUGCUUCGCCAGCAGCCGAAGCUCCCGUCGCCGAAGACACAGACGCAGCGAAGGAUCUGAGCCUGGAGGAAUGGCAGGAGCGCAUGGAGCCGAUGGACGAGGUUAGUUUGGAUGUCGAUGAGAUCGAGGAGCUCUCGAAGUAUCGCUGCACCCUUCAUGAACAGGGAGUCACGAUGGAAAACCUCAAAGCUGCUUACCACGAGAUGGCGCUCUUUGGUCCUGUCGGAGUGGAAGAUUUCAUCCUUUGCGUCUUUAAACACACAUCGAACGUGACCACGCUCCCCAUCCUCUCGUUCAACCACCAGCAGAACAAGGUGUAUUCCCGGGUGCUCUCUCACGGGCUGUUUGUUGACGAUGGGCUGCGAGAAGUUCAGAGACGGAUUGGCGAGCUUCAUGCACUCCUGCCAGACAUGAUCAGCGAAGCGCAGGCCGCUCACAAAGACCUCGCUGAGCUCGGAGCGCUGGAGGCCCGCCUGGAGCAGAAGAAAGAGGCCUUGCGAGCUCUGAUCGCACAAAAGGAACAGGCUCAAGACCUCACGGUCCCCAAAGAGGAGUUGGCUCAGGCACGGAGGGAUGGAGCGGAAUUGGACUUGAUGCUGAAGGACUUGGAAGAGCAGGUCGCCAGAAUCGAAGGACAAGGUUCGCAACCCCGCCCUGAUGUGACCGAAGUCGUCAACUCUUUGGCAGAUGAGAUGGUUCAGCAUGUCUGGCAGCUCGUCCUCCAGGAGCUUCAGCAAUCGGAACGAGGCGCUGUGAGCCAUCUCUAA